AUGCAAGUGAAGAAAAUCAACUUUGGUGCUGGUCCGGCGAAGAUCCCAGAAGAGGUAUUACUAAAAGCCCGCGAUGAACUGACCAAUUUUAAUGGAACAGGCAUUAGCAUCCUUGAAAUGUCUCAUCGCUCGAAAGAAUUUGCGGCUGUCCUUCAGGAGACCAAACAACUACUUAGACAACUAAUGAAUGUUCCUGAUAACUUUGAGAUUCUGUUCAUGCAAGGAGGUGGAACUGGACAGUUUGCAGCGAUUCCAAUGAACAUUAAGGGCCAUCACGAGUUCGCUGAUUACAUCGUGACUGGCGCCUGGUCGUGUAAAGCCGCUGACGAGGCCCGAAAGUACAUCCGAGUGAAGAAGGUAUUCACACCGAACAAACCCUAUGUGACGAUCCCAGCGCAGGACCAGUGGGAUCACGAUAAAGAUGCGGCCUAUUUGUACUACUGUGCUAACGAGACUGUUCAUGGAAUCGAAUUCCACGAGCCUCCUCAUUCAAUUCAUGGAGUUCCACUGGUCGCUGACAUCUCGUCGAAUUUCCUUUCACGCCCAUUUGACUUCACAAACCACGGAAUCGUGUUCGGAGGAACACAGAAAAAUCUCGGCGCGGCUGGUCUUACAAUUGUGAUCGUACGAAAGGAUCUCAUUGGAAAGCAACAACCAUUAACUCCAGCUAUUCUCAGUUACAAAGAGAUGCAGGACAACGACAGUCUUUACAACACACCAGCUGUCUACGGCAUGUACAUAACGAAUCUGGUCCUGAAGUGGAUUCGCGACAGGGGCGGAGUAGAUGUGAUUUUUGAGAUGAACAAGACAAAGGCUGGAAUGCUGUACGAUGUCAUUGAUAGCUCGGAUGGGUUUUAUACCUGUCCUGUCCUAGAUAAAAAAUGCCGCAGUUAUAUGAAUAUCUGUUUCCGUAUCCAAGGAGGGAAUGAGGCCUUAGAAGCUGAAUUUCUAAAGGGAGCCGCUGAUAGAGGAAUGAUCUCUCUGAAAGGACACAGAUCUGUGGGUGGUAUUCGAGCGUCCCUCUACAAUGCGGUCACAGUGGAAGAGACAGCGAUUCUCGUCGACUGGAUGCAGGAAUUCAUGGCCUCGCAAGCCGCCUAA